CAUUCCUCUCCAAACCUCCACUCUGCUUUCCCUUCUCAAGUCCACCAUCCUCCUGCAACGUGUUGCUAGAGAUCAGUGCUUUGUUCUGAGACUUUGGAGACUUUGCAUUGGAAACGGAAGAAUACACCAAGAGAAAGUCACUGAACAAUCUGACUUUGGAUGCAUCUCACAUAUGGUCCAGUUAAGAUGAGAGAUUGACGUGCUGGAAUAAUAAUGUGUUUGAAUGAGGAGCGCAGGAAUUAAGAUGAUGUGGCGCUGAUGCUGUGAGUGAACAGCCAAAGCAUUAGGCUGCUGACGUUAGUGUUUAUGAUGGCUCUAAGAGUGUGGUUGAAGUUCAGACUAAAAUGUCGGUUUGUGGUGGCCUUCCUUUUUUUCGUCAGUCUGACAGUGGCGCUGAUAUACACCCUUCCUCCCUUCCCAUCUGAGGAGAGCAGGGUGAAUCUACGGGGCCCCUGCAAUAACAAACCCAGCAAGCUGGUGGAGAAGUGGUCUCUGAAACCUUACCUUCCAGUGUCUUCAUAUGGACAAAACAGCAGGACCUGGAAGAACCUUGAAAUGAAAGAUUCCGCUAAGCAUCUCCUGAUGGUCAACCAUCACCAACUAUCAUUUUCCUCCGGAAAACAAGUUCAGGAAAAAGUAUCAACCAAAAAGCAUCCAAAAAGUAAAGUAAACAAAAAAGAACGAUAUCUGCAGAACACAAACAAGCAUCCAGUCAAGCCAUUUGCAGCCAGUGCCAAACGAGGGCGAGCCAAUAGACUAGGAAAUAGCAAUAACACAACCAUCCAUCUUCUUCGCUCCAGACAUGACCCUCGGGCUGCCAGCAUCCAAAGCCUCCGCCCAAAUAACAAGACAUGCAGGCACAAAUGCACUCCAGAUGGGGACAGAGUAAAGAGGCUUGUGGGGCAGUUCUCUGAUACACAGCAGGUGGUAAAACUGAAACAGGCCCCUGGAGAAGAGGGAACACAUGAAAGACGAGCAGGGCCCACCGAGAGGAAGAGGCCCAAAUCCGGGGCAGAAAACAACGAUGGGAUUCCAGCAAAGGCUGGCAUCAAGGAGUCAGCCACUGACUGGUGUAAGACUGUCUCUGAUGAGGCUUUUAUUGAAAACUGGAACCAGACCAAAGCAGAGACUCUACCCUGGCUCAGUGAGGAUGAUGUGAAAAAGAUGGCGCUUCUCUCCAGUGGCACUGUGUUGAGUAAAGCCAGGCUUCCAGGCCAUGGUCAAGUGCUUCAGGUUGGAUUCAGUGAUAGAUAUAGCAUUUUUGCUUCUGCAGGGGACAAUCAUAUCAAACGCUGCCAGACCGGAAGCUGUGCUCUCAUAAAACGCCCCAAUGACUGGUUUGAGGUGUUCGCCUUUCACCUGGACAGAGUUCUAGGUCUGAACCGGAGCUUGCCCGCAGUGUUGAGAACAUUCCACAGUGAGAUUCUACCAUACAGGUACACCACUGGAUCUCCAAGACCGGUGGUAUGGUGGGAUCCCAGCAUCCAGCAUCUGUCUGAUGCUGACAAUGACCAGAACUCUUUUUCACUUACUUGGCCACAAUAUCAGACUCUGCUUAAGAGCAGGUGUGGUACUCGCGUACCGUUGAACUUUACAACAUGUGUGGGAGUUCAUCAUUCAGAGUGGGGGCGGCUGGCCUUGUUUGACUUCCUGCUGCAGGUGAAUGACAGACUGGACCGGUCUUGCUGUGGUUUCAGACCUGACCCAUCAGAACUGUGUGUAGAAAACCUGCUGCAUAUCAAAUGUGAAAACCCAAAGGACUUAAAUCUGGUGCACAUCCUGGUUCGGAACACAGAACCAUCCAGACUGGUUUUUAUUGACAAUGCAGGAAGACCUCACCAACCACAAGACAAUCUCAACUUCAGACUUGUUGAAGGUAUUGAUGAGUUUCCAGAACACGCUGUUUCAGUGCUGCAGUCAGGAUGUCUGGAGAGGAUGCUUCUGCGCUCCCUAUCUGUGGAUCAGGAAUUCUGGAUGAGCAGAGGAAAGGUGUCCGGACUCAAAUCUCUCAUCCGGCACAUAGAACAGAGAGCCAAGGCCCUUCUCCAGCACAUACAAGAGAAGAAACUGAGACUAUAA